AAUGACGACAGUCGAAGUAAACACGCAGGUGGUGAACCGAGGAGCGAUCUACUUCAACUCAGACACCGAGCCGGCUUUCGUUUCUUCGAUCCUCGCCGCAUUUCCCUGACGAAUUUUCGCUCCGGUUGUCGUUGCAGCGGAACCUUCCCGUAUUUUCUCCGGCCAGUGCUAGGGUUCCGGCGAGGGAGAGAAUAGAAAGUGUGCGGACAGCCAACAAGAGUUCAGGUUCCAAACUCGUUGAGGUUUCAUGAACUCGCGCCUUCUGAAUGCUCGCUGAAUCGUGGGUAGGUCUUGCAUUUUCCUUUUAAGCCCAUCGUGCCUCUGAACCAAGCCCGUGGAGUCUUUUCCAUCGGAGGAGUGCGACAUACAGGCAUUGUAGAUUGCUUGGACUUGCGGAAAGCUGAACUGGUGAAGGUGGAUAUGACAGCUUUAGACUAACAUUGGGGUGGCUUUGAACAUGAUGCCUUCUGAAGUGUUUCAAAAAGUCCAGCUUCAGAAGCCCAAAUCACUUCUUGAAGGACAGGAAUCUGGAGGAGAGAAAAGUUCAAAUGCUUUAAGUACUGGUCACAGUGGAACCAGCAUAUUGGAUCAGGCGCAAUCUAUUCUGGAUGAUACAGGCUUUUCUUCAAUGUCCACCAUCUGUCCAGCACCACUGUGCCGGCAGUUUUGGAAGUCUGGGAGCUAUGACAAUGGGGAUAGUACCAAAAUCUCAAUUCAAAAUGGAAGAAAUUAUCUCCAUGUCCACCCUAUGUUCCUUCAUUCAAAUGCCACUUCGCAUAAGUGGGCUUUUGGUGCCAUAGCAGAGUUGCUUGACAAUGCAGUUGAUGAGAUCCAAAAUGGGGCCACGUUUGUUAACAUCGACAAAACCUUAAAUCCAAGGGAUGGAAGCCCGGCAUUGCUAAUCCAAGAUGAUGGUGGUGGAAUGGAUCCUGAAGCACUGAGGCGGUGUAUGAGUUUUGGAUUUUCAGAUAAAAAAGAGAAAUCAGCCAUCGGACAAUAUGGAAAUGGCUUUAAAACUAGCACCAUGAGACUUGGUGCAGACGUCAUUGUCUUCAGCAGCCACAUGGAGAACAGGGUGUUGACUCGGAGCAUUGGCCUUUUGUCAUAUACAUUCCUUAUGCAAACAGGACACGACAGGAUUGUGGUGCCAAUGGUUGACUAUGAGUUCAAUGCAAGCUCCAAGACUCUGGAGAUGUCUCGUCGCUAUGAUAAAGAACAUUUCAUGGCAAAUCUUUCCUUGUUGUUGCGGUGGUCUCCAUACUCAAAUGAAGCAGAUCUUGUCAAGCAAUUUGAUGGCAUUGGAUCUCAUGGUACCAAAAUCAUCAUUUAUAAUUUGUGGUUCACUGACGAUGGGAAAAUGGAGUUAGACUUUGAAGCCGAUCCCCAGGACAUCCGUAUUAGUGGAGAUAUUAGGAAAGUCGAUACAGUUCCUGCCUGGAAAUCAGUAAAUGAGCAGCACAUCGCUCAUCAACUCCAUUAUUCUCUUCGUGUAUACCUGUCCAUUUUGUACUUGCGAAUACCUGAAAGUUUUAAAAUAGUUCUCCGUGGUCAGAAUGUGAAGCACCAUAAUAUUGCAGAUGACCUCAAAUAUAUCCAAUACAUAUUAUACAAACCUCAAACCGCUGGAUCUGUGGAGGGUAAGGUUGUAACUACCAUAGGGUUUUUAAAAGACGCUCCGCAGGUGAACAUCCACGGGUUCAAUGUGUAUUACAAGAAUCGACUGAUACUGCCAUUUUGGAGGGUUGUGACCUAUUCAGAUAGCAGGGGUAGAGGUGUUGUUGGUGUUCUGGAAGCAAAUUUUAUUGAACCAACUCAUAACAAGCAAGACUUUGAGAGAACUUCCCUUUUUCAGAAGCUGGAAGUUCGGUUGAAAGAAAUGACAUGGGAAUACUGGGACUAUCAUUGUGGACUGAUUGGGUAUCAGGUUAAGAAGAAGGUUCGAGCAUCAGUAUUUGCAGAGAAUUCACCUCGUUCUGUUCCUCAUGGUGGUCUUGAAAAGCCUGUUCUAUUGGGACAGAAUUUACCUUCUAGGACUAGCAUAUCUGAAGCGUUUGGUGAGGUACUCAGAGAUAACUCUAAGCAAGGGUCUGGUUUGAAGCGCAAGGCUGUCGAGCUAACAGAAACCGAAAGGGCAAAUAUGCAGACAAUGGGAGGGGCUGGCAUUGAUGCUGAUUGGGAGGUUGAAGAGAUACAGCCUAUCAAUAUCCCUGGAAACCAGUUAAAAGACGAUGAGGCUGCAAACAUGGUGCAAGAACACAAGAAGCUACUUGCAAAAUGUUCGGAGUAUGAGAAAAGCGAGAAGGAACUACGCGACAAGUUGGCUUGGCUUAGAAGUGAAUUAGGAGAAGCUCAGCUCGAGUAUUCUCGACUCUUGGCCGAAGUACUCUCCCUCAGCUCAAUCAAGAAAGAAAAUAAUGCAAGCAUGUCGUCUCAGUGAAAAGCUCUUCGGCUAUCCAGAAUUCUCUAGUGCCAUGGGCCUGAUCGCCGGGAGAGAAACCUCAUCACCCUCGCAGAUCUUUUCGGGUACCUCAUCAGUUUCCAACAGCGGUUUUCAUCUGGAAAAGUUGUCAUUUUGGCUAAAUGCGACCAAGAAGAUUAUCCUCUCGUCAAAGGGAAUGUUCUUUACCUGAAGUUUGUUCAUUUUUUUGUAACCUGAAGUAGAUGUGUACUUUCUGUAACUGUAGGGUGUAUGUUAUGAUGCAUCUAAAUUUAGCUCAGUCCUUUUUCAUUGUAAAUCACUUUUGUCUUUUCAAUAAUUUUGUACGUGAUA